GGGUGACGUGACCUGUCAGACCUGCACAGUGUGACUUCUCUGUAUCAUAGACGAUCUUUGAUUACUGGUGUGUUACGUGGAUACCGUCUCUGACGUCUCUGAGCGUGUACCGUCAACGUGACCGUAUUUACGCUGCUGCUGCGUGUUUAGUGCUGAACAGAGAGAGACUAUAGUGAAGCUUUGAAGGUCCACCUGGCUGGCUGGGAUGUAAAUAUACUGACGCUACCGGACGCAACACAACUCACCGGCAGCUGCUAAAUAACGUUAACUCCGGUACCGGAUAACUGUUAGCUCCUCAUGGCUCACAGCUAACCCUAUAAUAAAUAACGUAGCUGAACAUUAACCGACUUUACAACCGUGCUGGUCAAUCAUUGACAGCGCAGUGACCUCUCACUCCCUACUUGUUAUUGGAGGACUACGGUAACUACUUUAACUACGAGCCGCCGGACACCGGAAGCACAUCCGCUUCAAUAUAAAACAUGGGCGUCAGAGUAGCUGUGAGCUGCACUGUGUUGUACAUCCUGCUGGACGUGGUCGUCACCACUGUCCUGUAUACACACGGAUCCCACUGGAGCAUCUUCAGAAAGGAGACCCUGCACUUUAACAUCCUCCAGUCAGCGGUGGACCUGUGGUGGACUGUGCUGCUCAGAGCAUCCCUCCUGCUGGGAGCCUCCAUCGGGGUGUCAUGGAAUAGAGAAGACGGCCCACCGAGGGUGGCUAAACUCACCACCCUCAUCGUCUUCAUCUGCAUGCUGGUCAUCACCUACGCCCUGACCAAGCUGCUGAUGCUGACGGAGCUGGAGCCUCUGACCCUCCAGCCCUGGGUCCUGAGCCUCAUAUGUUGGACUUGUGCCUCCUCUCUGGGUGUCCUGCUGCUCUGGACACUGCUGGGGAAGGAGUCCAAAUCGGGGAACAGUACCAACAGUGGAGGAAGAGGGGGCUCUGAGGACACUGAAAAGCUGGUGGGGACAGCUGGUGAGGAAGAGGAGGAGGAGGAGGAGGAGGAGGUGGGGUGUGAGAGGAAGAAGAAGAAGGAGGAAGGAAGCCAGGAGAACACGAGCUCUGGGGCGACACUGGGACGUCUGCUGACCUACUGCAAAAAGGAUGGCGGGCUGAUUUCUAUAGCCGUCGUCUUCCUCAUCAUCUGUGCUGUGUGUGAGGCCUUCAUACCGUACUACAUUGGGAAAGCAAUAGACAGCAUCGUGGUUCACCAGAGCAUGGAGUACUUCGCUAAGCCUGUGAUCACGCUGUCAGUGCUGGCCAUAUUCAGUUCACUUGCAAUGGGAGUACGUGGAGGAGUCUUCACCCUGACGUUUGCUAAGUUAAACCUCCGGCUCAGGAACCAUCUCUUCAGAACUCUGAUGAGGCAGGAAAUCGCCUUUUUUGAUGAAAACCAUACAGGUGACAUCAUCUCACGGCUGUCAGCUGACACCACCCAAAUAAGUGACCUCAUCUCCAAUAAUAUCAACGUCUUCCUGCGGAGCGCCAUCAAGGGCGUUGGCUUCUUCAUCUUCAUGUUCGGAAUGUCCUGGAAGCUCACGCUGGUGACCAUCAUGGGAUUCCCUUUCAUCGCCAUCGUCUCUCAGCUUUACGGCGAUUACUACAAGAAAUUGACCAAAGAGGUGCAGACCACACUUGCAGAGGCUAAUAAAGUUGCAGAAGAAACCAUUUCAUCUAUGAGGACGGUGCGGAGCUUUGCCAACGAGUGUGGGGAGGCCGACUCCUACUACGUCAGGCUAUUGGCCAUGUACCAGCUCAACAAGAAACAAGCCCUGGCCUAUGCCUGCUACGUGUGGUCCAGCUGUAUCUCAGAGCUGGCUUUAGAGAUUGCUAUCCUCUACUACGGCGGCCACCUCGUAGUAAGCGGUCAGAUGACUGGCGGUGCCUUGAUAUCCUUCUUCAUAUAUGUGCUGGAACUGGCAGAAUGUCUUGAGAGUAUUGCAUCGGUGUACACGGGCCUCAUGCAGGGAGUUGGAGCUGCUGAGAAAGUGUUUGAGUACCUGGACAGGGAACCCAAACACCCAGCUGAUGGCACAGAGGCUCCUGAGUCAUGCACCGGUGUGGUUGAAUUUAAAGACAUCAAGUUUGCCUACCCAACACGCCCUGAUGUUGAGAUUCUCAAGGGCGUGUCCUUCACGUUGCGUCCUGGGGAGGUCACCGCCCUCGUGGGGCCUUCAGGCAGUGGAAAGACCUCCUGUGUGAGUCUGCUGGAAAACUUCUACCCUCCUCAGCAAGGCCAAGUGCUGCUGGACGGAAAGCCCGUUCACACCCUCCGUCACGACUACCUUCACUCCAAGAUAGGUCUUGUGGGUCAGGAGCCAGUGCUGUUUGCCCGGACGGUAGAGGAGAACAUCACCUACGGCCUGACAGACGUCCCCAUGGAGGCUGUGGUGCAGGCUGCUACCAAGGCUAACGCUCAUGAUUUUAUCACCGCCCUCCCUACCGGCUACAAGACCAGUGUUGGAGAGAAAGGCACCCAGCUGUCAGGGGGGCAGAAACAAAGGGUGGCCAUUGCCAGAGCUCUUGUCCGUAACCCUCGUGUUCUCAUCCUGGACGAGGCCACCAGCGCCCUGGACGCAGAGAGCGAACACAUCGUCCAGAUGGCUCUGAACAACGUCAUGCAGGAGCACGCGGUGCUGGUGAUCGCCCAUCGGCUCAGCACAGUGGAGAAGGCUGACAACAUCAUCGUGAUCGACAGGGGCCGUGUGGCUGAACAGGGGUCUCACAGUCAGCUGAUGGCCUGUGAGGGGCUGUACUACAAGCUGGUGCAGAGGCAGGUCCUGGGUAUCGAGACCGGGGAUGAGGUCCUCAACCCAGCCCAAAAACCCGGCCGGAAGUCGGACGGUGGACAGCAGCGGAGAAGACAAAGCAGCAGCGGUGGCAGUGAGCAUGAGCUCAGUAUGCGCUAUUGACAAUGAACUGCGGUGCGUGGGAAUGAGACUAUACUGCUGGAUGGACAUAUUUAAAUCAUAUGUACUGUAGAGGCUAUUGUGCAAAUAUUCAGUAAAGCCUAACCAUUGUCAUGCAGAGUAGAAGAAGUCCGCCAACAGAAUUUAGUCCACAGAACACUGAAAACAUCCAGGAUCUUCUUCAUAUAUUUUUGAUUAUGUCAGAAUCAGUUCAGGGUAAGAUCCAUUUAUAGACAAACUGAGUCGCAUUAUGAAGUUAAAAAUACAGUUGAAUGUAUCAGAACAUAUCACAGAGGGUUGGCGUGGCCACUGCAAAUAAAACUUGAAUGAAAGGCCACUUUCACUGACUGAUAUUAGCUUUAAGAAUAGGCAACAUGUUGCCGUUGAUGUGCUGUGUACGUUUGUGUUUUUUUUUUUUUUAUACAUCACCAUCACACUCCAAACAGAUAAAUUAUUGCUUUACUGAAGUCUUCCUCAGGAUUUGUUUGUGCUUUUUAUAUGGAUAUUACAGUAGCAGGUGUGGAGAUGCUUUGUAUUUCUUCAACUACAAAAUUUAUAAUUCCACCAGUAAAGUGCUGUAAUGAGACCGGUGCCUUUGUCUGUUGACCUGAACUCACUGUAGAGAUCUAUGAUUGUCUGUGAAGAGGAUAAAUCAAUUAAUCACUCUAGAGAUACAGGAUGUAAGUGUGUAAAUCUCUGUAAACAAAAAUGAUGUAUAAUGAAUACUGUAGAAAUAGACUGUAUUUUGGCCUUUGGAGGAAUAAAUGUCAUUAUUUAAAAAGAGAAGUGCUUUGUAAUACCAAAGAACGUGGAGGUUAAUAAUUAAUUUGAGGUUAAGUGGAUUAUUGAAUACUCAAAAAAACAAGGCUAGAAUUUGGAAUAUUUUCGCCAAUUACCUGUUGGAUCCAGUUGGUGGUAUCAAAUUUCUAUUAAAAUGUGACUUUUGUUGAUAAAAUCCUGAUUAAAUUAGCAAAUUUUCAAGCACUGACAGCAUGGUUAUUAGCUUACAAACAUAACUUUUCACCCCGUAGGUACAGUAUUUCAUAUGGAACAAUAAAGAUAUAAAAACAGGACUAUUUUCUAUCACACAUGGUUUAAUAAAGGCAUACUGACAGUUG